AUGAACACUGAGAACUACCUAAAUGUGGAUAUAUCUCAAAAUAACACUAAUAAUAAUAUAAGUGAACAAUUACUUUCAAGUAGUAGUUCUAUAGUGGAAACUAUAACAUUUCUGGGAUUUAUUGUAAUUAUAGCCAUUACUAUUGGUGGUAAUUUACUUGUUCUUGUUGCAAUCUGUACAAAACAUAAAUUGCGAAGAAAUGUUACUAAUUGUUUCAUAGCAUCCUUAGCAGCAGCAGAUUUACUAUUGGGAGCUAUUGUUAUGCCAUUCGCUGUGAUUGAUCUAUUAAGAUCUAUCCACAAAGACUGUCUUCCCAAAAAUCAGCAAGAUCAUUCAACAGCUUCAAUUUUAAAUUUAUGUGCAAUUUCAGUGGAACGUUAUAUUGCUAUUUCAGACCCAUUUAAUUAUCCUUUACGUGUAACACAUUCGCGAUGUAUUAUUAUGAUUAUGCUUACUUGGGUAUGCUCUAUUCUAAUUUCCUUUCCAGCCAUUGCCUGGUGGCGACAUUCAAGUAGUAUGUAUAAUAUUUCUGAUAUGCAUAGUGUACCAGAUUUAGAAUGUUUAUUUUCUUCUGAUAGAGUUUAUUUAUUCAUUUCUUCGUGUAUUUCAUUUCAUAUACCCUUGAUAGUUAUGAUUUUUGUUUAUUGGAAGAUAUAUCAGAAAGCAAAUGGUCUCAUUAAGACCUUUAACACAGGUAAAAGACUGAUUUAUCGAAAAUCACUAGGUGGUGAGGCGAUGAUAUUAAGAGUGCACAGAGGCGGUAUAACUAAAACACUGCCGUCAGUCUUACAACAGGGUGUAUUGCCCCAUAAUCCCAAUACUUCUAUCAAAGUAUCGUAUGUAUCUUCUCAUGAAAUCCUCAACAAUCAAUCGCCUCUAUUGUCGCCAACAGCAAAUGAUGAUAAUAAAAAUAAUCAUGAAAUAUUAGAGUGUAGUGUAGAUGAAAACAAAAAAAAUAAAAAACAUGUUAAAUUUAAUCACUCUAGAAAAUCUCAAUCAAUUGAUGAAAAACACACUCACUGCACAUUGUUCUCUGGUUGCUACAGAACUAUAUUCAAUCGAUUUAAUGUAAACAAUUCAUUAAUACAAAAGGAUGACAAUAUAAUAGCAACACCUGGGACGCAGCAUGCAGAAGAAAGUUUGCUAUCAUCAAGAAGCUAUCUAAGUGAAAUCAAAAAACGAGUACAACGAUUCACUAAAGAACGGAAAGCAGCUAAAACUCUUGGAAUUGUGAUGGGUGUAUUUGUGUUAUGCUGGUUACCAUUUUUUGUUUAUAACACAAUAAAAGCUGUUUACCCAUCGGUUUUAAAAACUCAAGAGAAUAUAAUUUUUCCACUUGUCACAUGGCUUGGCUAUUUGAAUUCUGGUGUCAAUCCGUUUAUCUAUGCAUAUUCUUUACGGGAUAUUCGUAAAGCAUUUCUUGAUAUUCUGUGCACACCAUGUAAAACACAUUCUAAUUGGUGUCGCACAAGGCUAAAUCAAACUAGAGAUACUUAUGUGUCACAGUAUACCGAUGAACCAACAGAUGCUUUAAAAUCUAUUAAUUGUCAGUCUACAAUGUCACUUGCUAAUGGUUCAUCAUUAUACACAGACCACAAAUAUUCCAUGGAAUCGACGUCUUCACCGUAG